GAAGAAGAGGAGGAAGACAGAAAGUGACGGCAGACACAUUCUUCUGAGGUUUGGACGCACCCGGGGAAGUUUUUGUCCAUGUCACCAGCAGACCUGACGCCAGGACAGCCAUCAGCCUGCAGCAGAGCUCUUUGCCCUUUCCACGGAUUAAUUUAACUAGCCUGGGAUUCCAUAGCCUGGUUAUGGAUUUUAACCUUCUGACGGACAGCGAUCCCCGCAGCCCGGCGCUGUCGCUCUCAGACUCCGGGACCCCGCAGCAUGACCCGGGAUGUAAAGGCCUGGACCAGAGCGACACAGAGAAAUCCCAGCAGAACCAGCUGGACGAGUCCAGCGCCGAGGAUGGCUCUCUGAAGAAGAAGCAGCGGCGGCAGAGAACACACUUCACUAGCCAGCAGCUGCAGGAACUGGAGGCCACUUUUCAGAGGAACCGCUACCCUGACAUGAGCACCAGAGAGGAGAUUGCAGUAUGGACCAACCUCACCGAGGCUCGGGUCAGGGUAUGGUUCAAGAACCGGCGUGCCAAGUGGAGAAAGCGCGAGAGGAACCAGCAGGCAGAGUUAUGCAAAAAUGGCUUCGGUGCGCAAUUCAAUGGACUCAUGCAGCCCUAUGAUGACAUGUACACGGGUUAUUCCUACAACAACUGGGCCACCAAGAGCCUAGCAGCAAGCAGCCCACUCUCUGCCAAGAGCUUCCCAUUCUUUAACUCAAUGAAUGUAAGCCCCCUGUCAUCCCAGCCCAUGUUCUCCCCACCCAGCACCAUCCCCUCCAUGAACAUGGCCUCUAGCAUGGUGCCCACAGCAGUAGCUGGAGUUCCUGCUACGAGCCUCAACAACCUGGGCAAUCUCAACAACCUCAACAGUCCCUCAGCACUCAACUCAGUAGCAGUGACCGCAGCCACCUGCCCCUACGCCACCACAGCCAGUCCCUACAUGUACAGAGACACCUGUAACUCCAGUCUGGCCAGCCUGCGGCUCAAGGCCAAGCAGCACACCAAUUUCGCCUAUCCAGCAGUGCAGAACCCCGUGUCCAACUUGAGCCCCUGUCAAUAUGCUGUGGACCGGCCAGUAUGAACUAGAAACUCUGACUCAGUCAACUAGCUGUAAACUCACUGCUGCCCCACUUCACAUCUCCUUAGUUCCAUCUGUAACGUGCCCGAUGCACAGCAGACUGCCAGCUUGUGUGUUCAUGGUACACAAUAAGAGUUAUCUCCACAACUGACACAACAAAUAGACGUGUUCAGAUGGACCACUGCGCUUUGUCGCUGAACUGACCAACUGCUUCAAAUGAUUUUUAAAUAUUAUUGUUCCUUUUCAUUUUUGCCUUCUUUUGAACUGCAUGAUUAGAAUAAAUGUAGAAACCAAGGCUAAAGAAAACAAAGAUGCUGCAACUGGACUGCUGCUGGCCCACAAAACCCUUUGAGCUGCAGUCUUCGCUGCAAAGACAACUGGAAGAUGUAUAUAGUUGAAUUUUUCUGUUUGUUUUGUAUGUGAAAAAUACAUCAAAUGUAGUACGGAUGACAGGAGCAUGUUCUACAAAUACAACGGCCUAGUUUGAUGUUCUAUGAGCACAUUCUUUAAGAACUUUAUUGUGAAUUCCUCGACCGUUGAAGGAUCAUAGGUCAAAGGUCAGCUUGGAAAGGUGACAGGAGGUUAGUCCUGAAAUACGAGCACAACCUCGAAUUUAAACAAACAAACACACACACAUGCACCAGAAUGAGCAAGAAGUUUCAAGUAAAUAUAAAAAGCCAUUGAGUAUAUAGAUUUGUGUGGUGUUAUACAAAGAAAGUCCAUGACUGUAAACAUGUAUGUAAGAGUGCAGUUGUUAUAACAAAAAACCAAACAAAAAAACAAGCGAGCUUUCUUCCUGGUGUAGCCUGCUUUGUCUCAUUCAUGAACCAAUUAAAG